GGCUCAGUUGGGUAAAGGAACCGGGUGACUUCAGAGGCGCCGGCCCGUCCGCUGCCGCUCCGAGCGCGGCCCUCGCCCGCCCUCGCCCGCCCUCGCCCGCCCCGCAGCCGGCCGCGAUGCUGUAGGGACCGGCCACGUCCUCCCGCCGGACCGUUAUCCGCGCCGGCGCCCGCCGCACCCGCCCGCAAGAUGCCGCGCUCCUUCCUGGUCAAGAAGCAUUUCAACGCCUCCAAGAAGCCCAACUACAGCGAACUGGACACACACACCGUGAUCAUUUCUCCAUAUCUCUAUGAGAGUUACCCUAUGCCUGUCAUACCAAAGCCAGAGAUCCUCAGCUCAGGGGCGUACAGCCCCAUUACAGUGUGGACUACAACAGCUCCGUUCCACUCUCCUCUUGCCGGAUUCCCCUCAGCCCUGGGGCGAAUGAGCCCCCCUCCUCCUUCCGACACCUCAUCCAAGGACCACAGUGGUUCGGAAAGCCCCAUUAGCGAUGAAGAGGAAAGACUACAAUCCAAGCUCUCAGACCCCCAUGCCAUUGAAGCGGAGAAGUUUCAGUGCAAUUUAUGCAAUAAGACCUAUUCCACUUUUUCCGGGCUAGCUAAACACAAGCAGCUGCACUGCGAUGCCCAGUCUAGGAAAUCUUUCAGCUGCAAAUACUGUGACAAGGAAUAUGUGAGCCUGGGCGCCCUGAAGAUGCACAUUCGGACCCACACGUUACCUUGCGUCUGCAAGAUCUGCGGCAAGGCCUUCUCCAGACCCUGGCUGCUUCAAGGACACAUUAGAACUCACACUGGGGAGAAGCCUUUUUCUUGCCCUCACUGCAACAGAGCAUUUGCAGACAGGUCGAACCUGAGGGCUCAUCUGCAGACCCAUUCUGACGUAAAGAAAUACCAGUGCAAAAACUGCUCCAAAACCUUCUCCAGAAUGUCUCUUCUGCACAAACACGAGGAAUCUGGCUGCUGCGUAGCUCAUUGAUGCAACCAAUGUUUACUCAAACAAAUGCAUUUCUUCACUCCGACACCAAAUGACAAAUAAAGUCCAAAGGCAUUUUCUCUUGUGCUUACCAACCAAAUAAUAUGUAUAGACACACACAUACACAUGCAUGUGUGUGCACUCACAUACAUGUGCACAUACACAAGCUGCAAGAGCACGGAACCCAUGUGUUGAAAGAUAAUCCUUUCCAUGUGAAGUUGAAAAUUACUAUCUUUUUUUGCUGACAGCUAGAUUGAGAAGAUAAAAGACAAGAACCUUUCUCUUCAAAGAUGAAGUGAAAAGCACAUUGCAUCUUUCCUUACGGAAAAAGAAUGCAAAGAUUUACAUUGCUGCCAAAACAUUUCAACUGAAAAGAACAGUAUUGCUUUGUAAUAGAGUUUGUAAUAGAAUUUCCUAUAGGAAGAGACUCUGCCAGACGCGAUCUCAGGUGCCUUAUAAAGUAUUCCAAGUUUACUUCAUUACUUGUCUGAUGUCUGGUUUGCCAUCAUUGAAUUAAAGCCUUUUUUUUUAUUACUUAUAAUGCUUUAAACUGUAUUUUUAAGAGAGGAAAAAAAUAAGAACAAGAAAAAAACACAAGAGAAUGUAUUAAAAGUAUUUUUGUUUUGUUUAUUUUUGCCAAUAUGUGCCUUGGGAGAAGAGGGAAGGACCGGUUUGGGAGAUUCCUGGUACAUGCGCCAUGUCUUACUUUGUAAAAGAAUUGUAAUGAUUUUUAUAAAAUUCAGUAAAGAUGGGAAUAAGUGCAAGAGGAUUCUGAGACAUUCAGUAAUGUACCAAAACUAUUUUAAAUGCGUAUGACAGAUGCAAUAAUACAACACCCCUCCAAGUGCCUGUUUUAAUUAACUGUGUAGUUGAUGAGUCAAUGUAAAUUUGUGUUUAUUUUUAUAUGACUGAAUGAGUUUUGUAUGAAAGUAAGAUGUUGUCUAUAGCUGUGUCUAUAUACAACUUGGAGACUUGUGAAAUCAAUGUUCCUUUUUUUAAGAAAAAUAAUUUUUCAAGGUCCUUUUUUUACAAUAAACAUUUUUUGAUUUAAAA